AUGAACAGUGAGCUGAAUAGGAAUUACUCAGAGGUGACGGAAUUUAUUCUUUUGGAAUUUAGAACCCCUCCAAAGCUACAGAUCCUCAUAUUCUUAUUGUUCUUCAUGAUCUACAUGGUCACUGUAGCAGGAAAUGUCAGCAUGACAAUUGUCAUUAAUAUGGACUCUAGACUUCAAACACCCAUGUAUUUCUUCCUUAGAAACUUGUCUUAUUUAGAUCUCUGCUAUUCCACAGUCAUUGCACCCAAAACUUUAGCCAACUUCUUGACCAAUGAAAAGAAGAUUUCAUAUAAUGGCUGUGCAGCACAAUUUUUCUUCUUUGCCUUGUUUGUCACAGCUGAAUGUUUUCUCCUAGCUGGAAUGGCCUUUGACAGAUUCUCAGCCAUUUGCUACCCUCUCCUUUACCCUGUGAACAUGUCACACAAAGUUUGUAUUCAGUUGGUAGCUGGAUCUUAUAUCUGUGGAUGCAUAAAUGCAAUAGUGCAGACAAGUUUCACCUUCAGUUUGCAUUUCUGUCAAGAAAACAGACUGGACCACUUUUUCUGUGAUGUCCCAGCGCUGAUCAAGAUCUCCUGUGUUGACACAUUUGUAAAUGAGAUUGUACUGUUUAUUCUCUCUGCUUUCAUCAUCAUCAGCACCACAAUUAUCAUUUUGGUUUCUUAUGCAUAUAUUCUCUCCACUGUUUUGAAGAUUCCCUCAACCCAGGGCAGGAGUAAGACCUUCUCCACCUGUGGCUCUCAUAUAACAGUAGUGAGUUUAUUCUAUGGAACUGUGUUCUUCACAUAUGCUCAGCCUGGGGCCAUCUCCUCACCAGAGCAAAGUAAGAUCAUAGCUGUGUUCUACACGCUUAUAAUACCAAUGCUGAACCCUCUAAUAUACAGUCUGAGAAACAGAGAUGUGAAAAGUGCUUUGAAAAGGAUAUUGUUGAGAAAAAUACCUUUUCACUGA